GAUUUUUCACGGAUACGAUUUUUUUUCCCUUUACAUUGUGAGUGCUGCAACCGCAGGAUAUUGAAUUAAAGGGCUGAUUGUCGAGAGCGUGGAAAUCUCGAAUGGAAUGUAUCUUUUCAAUGGCGAGUCUGACUUAACGAAGAGUGCAGUGUACUAAUCACUUUCCACGGAGUGGUGGCCUCGUUCUUGUUCAUAGAUAAAAGGAAAAUCGAAGAUUGGCAAAAAGUGUGUUAAAUCAAUGGCGACGGCAGGUGGUGAGUAAGCCUCGUCGUCUUUUCUCAAUUGAGCGGUGGUGGGCGGCAGAAAUGUGUAUGUGGGUGACGGACCACCUUUGAUGUCUCGCAUACUAGAUAAUGCUUAAGUUACCAAAAGGCCUAAAAAAGAAAAAGAAAGGUAAAAAGUCCAAAAAAGACAAAGAACUUUUCACCGAAGAGGAACUUGAGCAAUACAAGCUCCAGCAACAACAAAAACAACAGCAACAACUUGAACAACAAGUCCAAGAAGCCGAACAAACAGGCGAGGCAUCUGCUUCUGAUACUGAAACAGCUAAAGGUCCAUCAACCAGCGACGCUAAAAAUCCUGAGGCAGAUGAAGAAUGGUUGAAAUUCAAAGCCUUAACAGCGGGCGUUGAUUCGAUCCUUCACAAAACCCAGGACGAUUUAGACCGAAUCAAAUCAACCUCAUUCUUCCAAAGAGUCCCGCCUCCAAGCGAACAGAAAAAGAAAGAAGAGGAAGAAGCGGCUAGACGCGAGGCAGAGAGACUUGAGGAAGAACGACGGAAGAAGGAGGAAGAAGAAGCAAACAGAGACGUCCUUGCUGAGGCUGUUGUUGAAUUAUCAGAAUCAGAAGAGGAGUCAGAGGAAGUCGAUGAUAUCUUUGAUACAGGAUAUAUUGAGGCAAUCACAAGCGGAGAAGUUCAGUUUGCCAUAGUUCCAGAUUCUCCUGAAUUUGAAGUCGACGAAGGACCUGAUCCUUUCGAUACUUCAUACGCAGAUAAAUUAAUCAAAGGUCCUGAAGUUUCGAAAAGAGGCAAGAAGCUCGUUAGCAUCGGAGCAGCCGUUGAGGUCUUAACUGGUAGAGUAGAAUCAGUCCAGCCAAGUGGCUCCAUAAAACGAAAGCCCCGCAGAGGCCCACAGGAUCUUCUUCUAGAUGCGUUUGAUGAUGAAAGUGCUACUCCGCCGACUGACGCUGAUGUUUCUGUAACUCCUGAGCCUCCUAAAACACUUCUUGAUGAGCUAGAGGACGACGUACCAGCUGAGCUUCCACCAAUCGAUUUAAGUGUAUCAUUGCAUUUAACACUUCAAAAACAAGCCGAAGAGAAAGCUGCGUCUGCCGAAGUUGAAAAAGUAGAUGUCGUAUCUGAGUUUGAUGUUCUAAAGGAUGAUGAAGAUGAUGAAUUUGCGGAACUAGCUGUCGAAUCCUUGACUAAGAAGGAAGAAGUAACCAUUGUCACACAAGUACAGCCCCUUGAAUAUACUGGAGCAGUAGCUUCUGACUGGGCAGAGUUCGAAGUUCAACAAGAGGAGACCGUUGAACAAGUAGCUGUGAAAUCAAAACCUCCAAGACCACCACCAGCAUCGAUACCAGCUGUAACAAACGCGGCGGAGAGUGACGACGAAUUUGAUAUUCCCGAAGACGAUCCCUUCGAUACCACAUUUGUCGAGAAAGUAAUACCAGUUAAAGAAGACGACGACUUUGACUUUGAUCCUCGAGCAGAAGAAAAGAAGGAGGCAUCUGAACUAAAAGUUGAAAGAGAUCUUUUGGGAGGCAGUAACAGUGAUCUAACUAGUUCUUCACGUGCGGAGACCACCACACUAAACGUAGUCCAUAGGGAUUUAUUAGGCGGUAGCAACACCGAUUUAAGUGCAGUUGGACUACCCCCUAUUGAUCCGCUCUCCAAAGAAUUAGACGAUAAGGAGAACGAGGAUUUCGAUCCUUUCGAUACAUCUGCAGUUACCCGCUUAGUACAGCCAAAAGAGACUGAGCUCAAAUUUUUGGAAAAAGAACUAUUAGCAGAAUCAAAACUAAAGCAUUCAGUCAGUGAUCCUGAUUUUGAUCCCCGGGCUGGUGAAGAACCUUCAACACAUGUGAUUCCUGCUGUGACACCAACUGACCAGCUUGAACAGGCGAGAAGAAAGUCUUCGCUACACUUGAACAUCCAACCGAAAUCAGUUGGUUUUCUUGUACCCGAACCGGAUCUUCUAAGCAUAGAUCAUGAAUCUGGGAAAAUUCACAAGCCAUUAACACCAUAUUAUACCAAGGAACCAUCAAUAAUUGAGACAGAGACAAAGGAACAGGAAGACCCUUUUGAUACAUCAUUUGUUCCCGAUUCAAAACCAACUCAAGUGGAACUCAACUUAAUUGAGAGAGAUCUACUAGCGAGCACAAACUUGAAGCACAGUCUAUCUGAUCCUGAUUUUGAUCCUAGAGCUGAAGAGAGCGUCGAAGGACCUGCAGUUCCUGAAGUGAAGUCCGAUUUAUUGGCCGUAGAGAAUCAGAUUGAUAUUAAAGUCCUAACCCCAGCAGCAGAAAAUAACAAAGGGGGUCCUGAAUUGGGAGCGACUUCUCCAGAAUUUGUUGAUCCUUUCGACACGUCUUCCGUAGAAUUGACCAUACUACCGGGGAAGACUGAAUUAAAACUAAUAGAAAGUGAACUUCUAACAGCUCGGGCUCCUGAAACGGUAACAGGUGUUUUAGACACAUUGACAGACGCGCAAGAACUUGGUCUCGGUGAUAAGGUCUUAACGCCACAAGCACCACCAGUAGUUGCCUCAGCUUCUAUUGACGAAGUUGAUCCGUUUGACACUUCUUUCGCAGAAAAUUUGGGACCAGGAAAGGCAGAAAUAAAAGUUUUGGAAACGGAACUUAUACAAAAUUAAUUCGAGUAUCAUUCAGUUUCGAUUGGACAUAAAGA